GGCCGCUCAAUCCUUCGCGCGGGCGCGGGGAUCAUAUCAGCGUCGUCGGAGGGCUCCUUCCGUCUUUCCUCCAGACUACAUUUCCCAGAAGUCUUCACGGCCUAGUCCUUCUCUGGUCUACUGCCUACUACAUUUUCCAGAAAGAAUUACGGCAGCCACGGCCCUUGAUGUACUGAGUCUUACGCUAUUGCUGCUCCCGAAGUCCUUUGCGGCUGAUAGCGACUACAUUUCCCAGGAGGCCCAUCAGCGACAUUAAACGGAAGCGGCGGGCGAAUUGCUUGUCCUUGCACAGGAGUGAAGCGAGAGACGACCAUGGUGGCUCGAGUGUGGUCGUUAAUGAGAUUCCUCAUCAAGGGGAGUGUGGCGGGAGGAGCAGUCUAUCUUGUUUAUGACCAGGAGCUACUGGGGCCUAGUGACAAGAGCGAGGCUGCCUUAAGGAAGGCGGAGGAGGUGGUGCCACCAGCGAUGUAUCAGUUCAGCCAGUAUGUAUGCCAGCAGACGGGUCUGGAGAUGCCACAGCUCCCAGCCCCUCCAAAGAUUAACUUUAUGAACUUGCGUGACUCCUGGAACUCAGGCAUCAUCUCAGUCAUGGAAGCUCUGUCUGUGGCCCCCUCCAAGGCCCGAGAAUACUCCAAGGAGGGCUGGGAGUACGUGAAAGAACACAGCAAGUAACGGAUGCGACCUUCCCUGGUGUUACGGGGACGGUCAAGACCAGGAUACCGCAGACCUGACUACAGUGGGAACUCCACUCUGAGGGCAGCUUCCAGCAUUGCUGGCCCAAUAAAGGACUUGGGAAUGGUCCCUGA